AUGUCGUACAGCAUAGAAAUAGUAAUGGUUUCAGCAAAUCCUACAUCGAUUGAAAAUAUCCCAUCAUCAUUACCAUUAACAAAUUUUCGCAUGAAAGAAAGAUUUAUUGUUCCUUUCAAUUAUGUAGAUAGAACGCUCAAAAAUAAUUCUGCCAUUGCAAUUAAUUUAAAAGUAAAAGAUAAUAAAUUAAUAGUAAAUAAUGCAUCAAUGAAACUAGGAAUAACUUCAUUUCAGCUAAUUAAAGCAAAAGUCAUUCCAGCUGAUCUUAGUAUAGAAGAAAUUGAUGGUUCCUUUGAUAAUUAUGAUAUAACUGUUAGAAUAAGUUCUUCGAUAGAAUCAUUUCAGGCGAAUAUUAACGGUUUAGCAAUUAAUCGUAUAAUAAUAUCUAUGACUGUUGCGGAAGUCGGCGGCUUAGAAGUUAUACAUGUAGAAAGAAUUGAAAAAAUAUUGUUACUUGAAGAAGACUACUCCUUCGCCUCCUUCAUCAGAAAUAAAUUAAAAAGUGGUCUAUCAACUAUGUAG